AUGGCGUCCUACACUCCAAGAAGAAUAUACAUGAUCAUCAGCUUCAUUGUCGUGAUCAUCACUAUCAUACUCUUCUUCUCGCUGCACAGUUUGAGUUCAUCAAACAAAGAGGAAAUGAUGACUGGUGGAGGCUACGAGCUAUCAAGAAUGGAGCAUUGUGUUGGGCUCUUCUUUGAUCCUCCAAGAUGGCUCUCUGAUGAUGAACGCAUGAAGAAUAAGGUGGACAAGAAUCUUUAUAGAGAUAUGUUUGGUGCAAUUGGCGAGAUACAAAACAAAUGGGACAAAUUACUUAUUAAUUAUAUUGAAGCCUUAAAAAAAGUUCCUCGAUUUAAGAACACAAACGAUCUAAAUGAGCUCCUUCAUCGACAUCAUCCAAUUCGUGAUUUCACCUACCAA